UUCCCGGCUUCCGGUUCCGCCGGGGACCGAGGGGCCGAGGCUGAUGGCGGCAUCCGGGAAGUGGGCAGGAGGGCUCGCGGACGAGGCCGCGGAGGACGGGGAUCCCGCAGCUCGGAAGCCCGGGGCCGCCCCGUUCGGAAACUUCCCUCACUACUCCCGUUUCCACCCUCCCGAGCAAAGGCUCCGCCUUCUGCCCCCGGAGCUUCUUCGUCGGCUCUUCCCUCCCGGGGGUCCCGAGAGGAGGCCGGUGCUGGGGCUCGACGUGGGGUGUAACUCCGGGGAUCUGAGUGUGGCUCUGUACAAACAUUUCCUUUACCGGCGUGACGGGGAGACCUGCACCGGCGCCUCCAGCGAACUCCGCCUCCUCUGCUGCGACAUAGAUCCGGCUCUCGUGCAACGCGCGGAAAACCAGUGCCCCUUUCCUGAUGCUGUGACCUUCAUCACCCUGGACAUCAUGGACCGAAGCAGCAGGACGGUCCCCUUGCGUUCUUUCCUGAGCCAGUUUGGGCGCUCUGCGUUCGACAUCGUGUUCUGCAUGUCCGUGACCAUGUGGAUCCACCUGAACCACGGGGACCGCGGUCUGUGCGAGUUCCUGGCCCACGUCUCCUCCCUCGGCCGCUACCUGCUGGUGGAGCCGCAGCCCUGGAAGUGCUACCGGGCAGCUGCGCGGCGCCUCCGGAAGCUGGGACUCCACACCUUCGACCACUUCCGCUCGCUCGCCAUCCGAGGCGAUAUGGCCGGCCAGAUUGUGCGGAUCUUGACUCAGGAGCAGGGGAUGGAAUUGGUGUGCUGCUUCGGCAACACCAGCUGGGACCGAAGCCUUCUGCUCUUCCGAGCAGAGCACACCGCGGACGCUCGGCCGGCCCCCGACCCGCUGUCAGAAGGGUCGGGGACAGGUUAACACUGAAGCACAGAGCUUCACACUGUAGAGCUUUCACACUGAGAACAGCACUUCCCGGAGCGCUCAGGCCGCAGGACACCUGCCGGGAGCUCUUGACCAAGUGUCAGUGUCCUCUGGUGUUAGGACUACCCCCCACCCCGGGGUGGGGGGGGACACGAGUUCAUAGAGAGCUGAACUAGGCAGUCCAGAUGGAGAGUGUGGUCCUGGGAAAUGAAACUUCCUUUGGAAGUACUUUUAUGUGCUUGUGAUCAAGCUUAGAGUCUUGUGUGUCUGUCAUCGAGGCUCAUUUCCAGCUCUUAAGGGGUUAUUUAUUAAAAAAUAACAGUAAGACGUGGUUAA